AUGAUGAUGUCAUGUCGGAAUAUAGACUUGGGUACGAGUGUUCUUGAUCUGAUGCCAUGUGGCUGUUCUUCUACCUCUUCUCCGACAAGUCGUCGAAUCUUGUUUGGGAAUUGUUCCAAGACUGUUUGUAGGAUUGGGAGUUGCAGAGCAAUUCCGGCGAAACCCAAGGAGAAUACUCUAGUCAAUGGUCUUGGUCAAGAUAAAAGAGUGAUGCUCAAUCUAGAGACACCAAAGCCGAUAUCGUUGGAAAAUCUGUUUGAAGUAGUGACUGAUGAUCUGCAGAGAUUGAACGACAAUCUUUUAUCGAUUGUUGGUGCGGAAAAUCCGGUUUUGAUAUCUGCGGCUGAGCAGAUUUUCGGUGCUGGCGGCAAGAGGAUGAGACCGGGUUUGGUAUUCCUUGUAUCACGAGCCACAGCGGAAUUAGCUGGCCUAAAGGAGCUUACUGUAGAACAUCGGCGUUUAGCUGAGAUCAUUGAGAUGAUUCACACCGCAAGUUUGAUACACGAUGAUGUGUUAGACGAAAGUGAUAUGCGAAGAGGAAAGGAAACGGUUCACCAGCUUUUCGGGACAAGGGUAGCUGUGUUAGCUGGUGAUUUCAUGUUUGCUCAAGCAUCAUGGUACUUGGCAAACCUCGAAAACCUCGAAGUCAUUAAGCUCAUAAGUCAGGUGAUCAAAGACUUCGCAAGCGGUGAGAUCAAGCAAGCAUCGAGUUUAUUCGAUUGUGACGUCAAGCUUGAUGACUACUUGCUAAAGAGUUACUACAAGACAGCUUCAUUAGUCGCUGCAAGCACCAAAGGAGCUGCAAUUUUCAGUAAAGUCGAAAGCGAGAUCGCAGAGCAAAUGUAUCAAUUCGGGAAGAAUCUCGGUUUAUCUUUCCAAGUAGUUGAUGACAUUCUGGACUUCACUCAGUCCACAGAGCAGUUAGGGAAGCCUGCAGCUAAUGACUUAGCCAAAGGUAACAUAACCGCGCCAGUGAUAUUCGCGCUAGAGAAUGAGCCGAGGCUAAGAGAGAUCAUUGAGUCUGAGUUUUGUGAGCCUGGAUCGCUUGAAGAAGCGAUUGAAAUGGUUAGAAAUCGCGGUGGGAUCAAGAGAGCUCAAGAAUUAGCUAAAGAGAAAGCUGAAUUUGCGUUGAAGAAUCUGAAUUGUCUUCCUAGGAGUGGUUUCAGAUCGGCCCUUGAAGAUAUGGUCAUGUUUAAUCUUGAAAGGAUUGAUUAG